AUGGGACGCGAUCAGCUUUUUGAUUUAUUGCGAUUCCAUGGAAUGCUUGUCCGGCGCAGGAAACGGAGCAUUGUUACAACCGAUUCUUUCCAUUGGUUGAAAAAAUACCCGAACCUUGUUGAAGAUGUAUCAGUGUGUGCAUCGGAACAGGUAUGGGUAUCUGACAUAACUUAUAUUAAAACGAUUGAAGGUUACAGCUAUCUAUCAUUAAUCACCGAUGCUUACUCGCGUAAAAUUGUCGGUCACUGUUUGUAUCCAAGUCUGGCAAGCGUAGGAUGUAUCGAAGCAUUGAAUAUGGCUUUGUCAAAUCGAUUGUUUCUUGAAAGAACGCUUGUGCAUCAUUCUGAUCGAGGAGUUCAGUAUUGUUCCGGUAACUAUGUUGAGAUCCUUAUGACUAACAAUGUCGCAAUCAGCAUGACGCAAAAUGGAAGCCCUUAUGAAAAUGCAUUAGCAGAACGAAUGAACGGGAUUAUUAAAUCAGAAUUUAUCCCAAGACGACGUUACCAGAACCAUAACGAAGCCAAGAAAGCCAUUGACAGGAUUAUAUCUACUUAUAAUCAGCAACGGCCACAUGCCAGCUUGAAUUAUAUGACACCAGAUGCCGUUUAUGAAAAUACCGGUCAAAUGCAAAAGAAAUGGAAAAAUUAUCCAAAGAACCCAUCAACCAAACAAAUUGAAGUAUAA